AUGCAAAAAAGAUUUUUAUUCUUUUGCACAGGAUCUGAUAGAAUCCCUGUAGGAGGACUUAAAUCAAUGAAGUUUGUUAUUUAAAAACAUGGAGAAGGUAUUUAUUUUAUAUAUAUUUAUUUAGAUACUGAAUAAUUACCAUCAGCUCAUACUUGUUUCAAUGUUCUAUUGUUACCAUAAUAUAAAAAUAAAGAAACCUUAAAAGAAAAGUUAAAAAUAUCUCUAGAUAAUGCAGAAGGAUUCGGAUUGAUGUGA